AUGAAGAUACUGGGCCAGCUUGCUUUCUUGCUUUUGCUCGGAGGAAUCUGCUGUCAGAACAACCGUAAUGCUAAAGCUAGUGGCAAGUCCACCAGGAAGUCUGGUGGGACCCAAGCAGUCGAUGCCGGCCAGUCUCCCCCUGUGGCUGAUGUGACUCCUGGAAGCACUGGAGGCACUAGAGGCGCCGGGGGCACAGCUGAAGCAGCGCGGGAAGGCGCUGCAGGAGCUCGAGCAGCUGGACAACAGGCAGACGAAAUGAGGCUCCACUUCCUCAAGAACACCCAAGUUACAUGUAAUGAUGGAACGGCAGCCGGGUUUUACCUAAAGGAGUCCAGAGGAAGCCGCCGAUGGCUGUUAUUUCUGGAAGGUGGCUGGUGCUGCCACAGCAAAGAGACCUGUGAUUCCAGGUACCAAAAUAUACCUCGACUAAUGAGCUCAUCAGGGUGGCCCCAAACAAAGAGAGGAACUGGGAUAUUGUCUUCUCAAGCGGAAGAAAACCCACACUGGCAUAAUGCAAACAUUGUAUUCAUCCCGUACUGUUCCAGUGAUGUAUGGAGUGGCACUGGGCCUGCUCCAACCCCUCCUCCAAGGCCAAGACAAGGCAGAGAAAAAGAGAGAGACAGAAGCACAAAUUCAACUGAGUACACCUUCAUGGGAUCCCUGAUCAUUCGCGAGGUCGUCAAAGACCUCAUCCCCAAAGGAAUCAAGCAGGCCAAGGUUGUCAUGCUGUCUGGCACAAGCGCCGGUGGAACAGGUGUUUUGCUGAAUAUUGAGAGGGUGGCCAGUCAGCUGGAGCAGCUCGGAGCAGAGGCUCAGGUCCGAGGCCUUGUGGACUCCGGGUGGUUUCUAGAGAGUAAGCAGCAGAGAUCACCUAAUUGCCCUGAGACGAUUUCCUGCUCACCUGAGGAUGCUAUCAAGAUAGGACUCAGGCUGUGGAAUGGGGUUGUACCUGAUAGAUGUCGGCAGCUCUAUAAGAAAGGAGAGGAGUGGCAGUGCUUCUUUGGCCACAAGCUGUACUCUACCUUGACCUCCCCCCUGUUUGUCGUGCAGUGGCUGUUUGACGAGGAGCAGCUCAGGGUGGAGAACAUCUACAUGGGAGGACAGACUCUGUCCGAGGAGCAGUGGCAGUACAUACAGAACCUGGGCGUGGAGCUGAAGAGCUCACUGACAGAUGUCACGGCUGUGUUUGCUCCAUCCUGCCUCUCCCACACAGUCAUUACCAGAAGUAACUGGAUGAGUUUCCAGGUUAAAGGCACCUCUCUGCCACGGGCCCUGCACUGCUGGGACAGGAGUCUGGAGGCUACCCGCAAUAACAGAACCCCUGCCAAAGGUUGUCCUUUCCACCUGGUGGACACCUGCCAGUGGCCCCAGUGCAACCCCACCUGCCCGGCCUUGGUGGACCAGGCCACCCAGCAGGAGCUCACUCUGCUCCAGAUGCUUGUGGCCAUGGGGCUUGACCUCCAGAGGCUGGGCCUGGAUCCCCAGGGAGACGCAGAUUCUCUGGCCAGCAUGGUCAGCAAUGGUGGCUAA